AUGAGUUAUAUACAAACUUUCGUUAUCUCACUCGCCAUAUGCGCAUUCGCAUCGCGCGUUUCUGCCUCACCACAGUGCGCGAAUCCGCCCCAACACUUCGAUGCCCAACUACCGCUUCAGUCACAGCAGUGUGUAGACACUAAAGACGAAUUGCGACUGUCGCAGGAUGUGCAGUCAUUCCAGCACCCACUAUGGUCGCACAAACCCACUUGUGCCCAAAGAAAGGGCCAGAAAUAUUGUACUUACACGACGUCCGAGUUGCGCGGUGGUCAUGCUCUGAGCAUUAUCGCGACAUCUGUGGCUGCAGACGCAAUAGCUGCAGCCUUUCUAGCAUUAGGGAAGGAUGAUCAGAGCAAUAAUAGCGGCCUCGAAGUUCGCUCAUUCCCAGGCAAGGGCAAAGGCCUUGUCACUACAAAGGCUGUCAAGAAAGGAGAAAGGAUACUCCUUGAUUCCGCACACAUCAUCGCAAGCUCGCACUUUCCGACGCAGGUCACACGUUCGCAAGGCAAAGCUCUCUUCAGUGCCGCUAUCGAUCAAUUGCCCCAGGCAGACCGAGCUUUGGUGCUCGGGUUAGACCAGAGUUUGGGGGGUAGCAAGGUUGAGGAUAUCAUGAAGACAAACGCCUUUGCGUGCCAACUGGCCGAUGGUGAUGCAGACGACGCUUACAUGUGUCUCUUCCCAUCUGUCGCCCGGAUCAACCAUGCUUGCCGACCCAACGCACAUGCGCGCUUUGUUCCGAAGACGAUGUCGAUGGAAAUUAAGGCUCAACGGGACAUCGCAGCUGGAGAAGAGAUAGGCAUCUCGUACGGCCGCAUUGACUUGAAGCACGCGGAUAGACAGAUACUGUACCAGGAAGGCUGGAACUUUGGAUGCACAUGCCCCCUCUGCACUGCUUCGGAGUACGAGAGGACUGGCAGUGACCAGCGCCGCGCUAGGUUCGCUCAACUAAGAAAGAUGUUGGAGAACCUGACAGCGGAAACCUACGACGCCCAACAGAUCGUAGCGUGGGAGAAAGAAGUGAUGGAGAUCGGUCAAAGAGAGGGUUUGGAGACUAUGCUAGCCCAGGACUACGAGAGACUGGCGUACGUCUACGCAGGCCAUGGCAUGGUGAAAGACGCAAGACGUUGGGCCAAGAUGGCUAAGGAGAGUUUAUUGGAAUGGGUGGUUGUCGAUGGUGGACCGGACAAUCAGAUUAGGAGGGUAGAGGGGUUACUCAGAGAGCUGGAUGGCUGA